UACAGCUGAAGUGAUGAAAAUGAUCAAAGAAGGCUGGGACAAGAACGCGUUCAAUCAGUACGUAAGCGAUAUGAUUAGUGUGCAUCGCAGCGUGCCUGACAUCCGAGGAGAAUGGUGUAAAGAACCUAAUCGUUACCUGAAAAAUCUCCCCAGAACAUCUGUGAUAAUUUGUUUCCACAAUGAAGCCUGGUCAGUGCUUCUGAGAACUGUACAUUCCGUUUUGGAUAGAUCCCCAUCGCAUCUGCUAGAAGAAAUCAUUCUCGUUGACGAUUUUUCCGACAUGGCGCACUUGAAACAACAGCUGGAGAAUUACUUCGAAAAUGAGCCAAAAGUACGGAUAGUACGGGCACUGAAGAGGGAAGGAUUAAUUAGAGCUAGGCUUUUAGGUGCCAGACAUGCCAACGGCGCGGUCCUGACUUAUCUCGAUUCUCAUUGCGAAUGCACUCCAGGAUGGUUGGAGCCACUCCUUGAUCGUAUAGCAAGAAACAAGACAACCGUGGUGUGUCCCGUUAUAGAUGUCAUCGAUGACACUACAUUCGAGUAUCAUUCGAAAAAUCACGUGGUUAACGUGGGUGGAUUCGACUGGAAUUUGCAAUUCAAUUGGCAUGCCGUUCCCGAUCGAGAAAAGCAAAAACACACGAGUGACUGGGAACCCGUUUUCUCACCUACCAUGGCCGGAGGACUUUUUAGUAUCGAUAAGGAAUUUUUCGAACGUCUGGGCACUUAUGAUAGCGGUUUCGAUAUUUGGGGUGGCGAGAAUCUGGAACUAUCGUUCAAGACUUGGAUGUGUGGUGGUACAUUAGAAAUAGUGCCCUGUUCACAUGUGGGACACAUUUUCCGGAAACGUUCCCCUUAUAAAUGGCGGUCGGGGGUAAAUGUUUUGCGAAGAAAUUCAGUUCGUUUGGCGGAAGUAUGGAUGGACGAUUACGCGAAGUAUUACUACUCUAGAAUAGGGAACGAUCUGGGAGAUUUCGGGGAUGUUAGCAACAGGAAGGAAUUACGCGAGAAGCUCAAAUGUAAGUCCUUCAAAUGGUACCUGGACAACAUCUAUCCAGAAAUGUUCAUUCCAGGAGAUGCUGUAGCUCAUGGAGAGUUUAGAAACAUGGCUUUUGGAAAGAAAACAUGUAUGGAUUCGCCUGCGAGAAAGAACGAUUUACACAAGCCCGUUGGCAUAUUUCCCUGUCACAGACAGGGUGGAAAUCAGGUAAUGUGGAUCACUACGUCGUUAAUAACAAUGUUCUUUACUUUACAGGUGGCGCUUCUGGGUAGAGAUGUCUGUUUAGACUCACCAUGCAAUCCCGAAGAUAUGCACAAACCCGUAGGCCUUUGGCCCUGCCAUGGCCAGGGCGGUAAUCAGUACUGGAUGUAUACAAAAACGGGUGAAAUCCGGAGGGAUGAAGCCUGUCUGGAUUACAGUGGCCAAGAAGUCAUAUUGUACCCAUGCCACGGGUCAAAGGGCAAUCAGUUCUGGGAAUACGAUCCUGAUAAUGUACUUCUUAGGCAUGGGAGCAGUCAAAAAUGUUUGGCCAUCAAUGCUGCAAAGACAAAGCUGUCCAUGGAAUCGUGCAGAACUGACAUCGAAAGGCAAAAAUGGAAAUUAGAAAAUUAUGAUGCGUCAAAACUGUGACAAACUGAUUUUUAAAAAAAUAUCGCGCAAUUGUAAAUAAUAUUAUUUGUGUGAUUUUCUUUUUUAUCAUAGGCUUGCUACCUAGUGACUGACGUGAAUGAAAACAAGAAUCGUGAUAAACAAAAUUAAAUGCCGGUAAAACAUGAACAUUCCAUAAAAAGAAA